AUGGCAGCAGUCACUUCGCUCCAAACACCACCAAUGUCUCCUCACGCCUCAUCGCCUUCUGCCUCGCCCACAAAGCGCAGACACUCGCCCUCUCUCUCCCUCGACCUCAGUGACCUACCACAACUAUCCACAAUCCCCGUACCUUCAAACACCCUCAUCAUCACCGGCCUAAACGACCCUGCCAUCUUCGGCGCCACAAACCUCGCAACCAUCAAGGCCGCCCUCGACAGCCACGCAACAACCUACUCCUUCUCGCCUUUAAAAUCCUUCCGUCGCAUUAUCGCCUCCUUCUACAAUGUCGACGCCGCAAUCGACAUUCGUACAAAGCUGGAUGGCGAAAAUGUACUAGGUCAACGCAUCCGCGUCUACUUUGGCGCCGAAACAAAAAUCACCACUCAAGAAGACCAGCACUUGAAGGCGCCAUCAACGGGAAAGUUGUUCUUUAUUUCGCCUCCGCCGUCGCCUCCCCAUGGCUGGGAGUCCAGACACGAAGACCCUCCUAACAAGGAAGUCCACGCUGAGGACUUGGCAGAGGCGUUGCAUAGACUAUCGUCUGUUCCUGAAGAUGAGCAGGCCCAACACAUUGAGCAGGCUGAGGAAAAGACUGCUCCUGUUUCUGUUCCUGCUGUGCAGAGAAGCAGAGCUGAUUCGAGGACUAUUGUCUACUCGCCUGUUGAGCAAGGCCACUCGCCUCAUUUGCCUGCUAUCGCUGUCGAGGAUACUAGCUGUGAGGCUUCUCCUGUGGAAGAGACCUUUGGCAUGGAUGUACAGAAGCCCAUCACCCACACCGCUCGCCCUCCUGUCGAGCUCAUGGAGGAGUAA